AGGAAACCAAUUACUUUUGGCUACCACUUUACAUGGUCACCUACAGGAGAGAGGAGGUGCUGCAAGAAAGACUCUCUGGUAGAAAAAUGAAGAGGGUCCUGGUACUACUGCUUGCUGUGGCAUUUGGACAUGCUUUAGAGAGAGGCCGGGAUUAUGAAAAGAAUAAAGUCUGCAAGGAAUUCUCCCAUCUGGGAAAGGAGGACUUCACAUCUCUGUCACUAGUCCUGUACAGUAGAAAAUUUCCCAGUGGCACGUUUGAACAGGUCAGCCAACUUGUGAAGGAAGUUGUCUCCUUGACCGAAGCCUGCUGUGCGGAAGGGGCUGACCCUGACUGCUAUGACACCAGGACCUCAGCACUGUCUGCCAAGUCCUGUGAAAGUAAUUCUCCAUUCCCCGUUCACCCAGGCACUGCUGAGUGCUGCACGAAAGAGGGCCUGGAACGAAAGCUCUGCAUGGCUGCUCUGAAACACCAGCCACAGGAAUUCCCUACCUACGUGGAACCCACAAAUGAUGAAAUCUGUGAGGCGUUCAGGAAAGAUCCAAAGGAAUAUGCUAAUCAAUUUAUGUGGGAAUAUUCCACUAAUUAUGGACAAGCUCCUCUGUCACUUUUAGUCAGUUACACCAAGAGUUAUCUUUCUAUGGUAGGGUCCUGCUGUACCUCUGCAAGCCCAACUGUAUGCUUUUUGAAAGAGAGACUCCAGCUUAAACAUUUAUCACUUCUCACCACUCUGUCAAAUAGAGUCUGCUCACAAUAUGCUGCUUAUGGGGAGAAGAAAUCAAGGCUCAGCAAUCUCAUAAAGUUAGCCCAAAAAGUGCCUACUGCUGAUCUGGAGGAUGUUUUGCCACUAGCUGAAGAUAUUACUAACAUCCUCUCCAAAUGCUGUGAGUCUGCCUCUGAAGAUUGCAUGGCCAAAGAGCUGCCUGAACACACAGUAAAACUCUGUGACAAUUUAUCUACAAAGAAUUCUAAGUUUCAAGACUGUUGUCAAGAAAAAACAGCCAUGGACGUUUUUGUGUGCACUUACUUCAUGCCAGCUGCCCAACUCCCCGAGCUUCCAGAUGUAGAGUUGCCCACAAACAAAGAUGUGUGUGAUCCAGGAAACACCAAAGUCAUGGAUAAGUAUACGUUUGAACUAAGCAGAAGGACUCAUCUUCCGGAAGUAUUCCUCAGUAAAGUACUUGAGCCAACCCUAAAAAGCCUUGGUGAAUGCUGUGAUGUUGAAGACUCAACUACCUGUUUUAAUGCUAAGGGCCCUCUACUAAAGAAGGAACUAUCUUCUUUCAUUGACAAGGGACAAGAACUAUGUGCAGAUUAUUCAGAAAAUACAUUUACUGAGUACAAGAAAAAACUGGCAGAGCGACUAAAAGCAAAAUUGCCUGAUGCCACACCCACGGAACUGGCAAAGCUGGUUAACAAGCGCUCAGACUUUGCCUCCAACUGCUGUUCCAUAAACUCACCUCCUCUUUACUGUGAUUCAGAGAUUGAUGCUGAAUUGAAGAAUAUCCUGUAGUCCUGAAGCAUGUUUAUUAACUUUGACCAGAGUUGGAGCCACCCAGGGGAAUGAUCUCUGAUGACCUAACCUAAGCAAAACCACUGAGCUUCUGGGAAGACAACUAGGAUACUUUCUACUUUUUCUAGCUAUAAUAUCUUCAUACAAUGACAAGUAUGAUGAUUUGCUAUCAAAAUAAAUUGAAAUAUAAUGCAAACCAUAAA